AUGGAUUACGAAUACGCCGGAGAACUUCGUAGCCAGAUUGAUGACUUCGAUUAUGCCAAUGAGUUAUGGAUGCAUCUAAAAACGAGAUUUUGUGUUGUAAGUGGCACAAGAAUCUGCCACCUUAAGACCUCCCUAGGUGAGUACAAACAGGCUGUGAGUGAAUCGGUAACAAAAUACUUUGGUCGUCUAUCAAAAAUCUGGAAGGAGUAUGUGCAAUAUGCAAGGGUUCCGGAGUGUUCUUGUGGGGUGUGUAAGUGCAACAUUACAAGUCAAGUAGGUGAGAUUCGAGAUUACUUGCAUUAUUUCUUGAUUGGGCUGGAUGGAUACUACGGAACAAUCCGGGAUCAAUUAUUGGCGCAAGACCCUCUGCCUACUGUGGAUGUUGCCUAUCAAACGGUAAUCAAUACUGAGAGACGCAGAUAG